AAUCGGAACCAUUUCCUCCCAGCCAAGCCAGCGGGGUGCUUGUGCUGACUAUUGGAAGCAGAUAUCAACGAGUGCAACAUUUUGAGCUACAACGGGUGUAGGUGGGUAGGAAGCGCCUCGCCUGUUCAGCAGCUUCAUGUCACUCGAUUUUGAAAAGCAGAGGUAACGCUUCUCGGAAAGGUAGCAGCCUCCGUUACCCGGCACGUUAGGACAUCGGAUUUCUUGGCCAGGUUGCCGUCGCUCUUGAGGAAGGAACAGCAGGCGGCGCUGUUUGUACAGCAUGGAGCGCCGCACCCUACAGGAGUUUCCUGUUUUUAUUGAUCUUCUUCGUCGCGAAGAAUCGAAAGCGAAAGUUCGUGCUUAGCCUCCACAACUGUAGACAUGGCCGGCUAUCCUCCUCCGCUUUUCGUGCAGGUCUCUCCUGCAGGCGCGGCCUCCGAAAGGCUGGAGUCCAAGCUGCAAAUCCACUUCCAGUCCCUGAGGCGCUCCGGGGGCGACGAGUGCCAAGUGCGAGUUCAGGAUCGUGAACGGGGCGUUUAUGCGGUGCAGUUCCAGUCGGAGGAAGUGAAGAAUCGAGUGAAGGUACAUGAACCUCAUUUCAUAGAGGUUUCUGCAACACCUCUGGAGCUAAGCAUCCUGCCAGACUCUGAGAUGAUGAUGGACUUGGCAGAAACGUCACAUACAAAUAACUCGAUGAGCUCAGCAGCCAGUUUAUUUUCUGUUUGUAGCACUCUACCACUUCAGAAUGAUUUUGAAAAGAAGAACCUGGGCAAAAAAUAUGCUGGUGAUCUUCUUGAAAGCGUUACCAGAAAGAUAUUUCUCAGUGUAUCUGCCACUUUGAAUACUGAUUUGCUCACAAAAGAGCAGAGAAAGCAGGUAACCAAUAUGUGCCCCACCUUAAAAAUAGACCUGUGCACAAGCCAUUCUGGCAUAGAAAAAGUGUCAGGAGGUUAUGACGACAUAGAAAAGUUAUACUGUCAUUUUAAGAAAGUCCUUGGAGGCUCCCACCACCACACUGAAUUUUCACACCCAAAAGGGCAGAACCCUUUGGAAGAGAUGUCCAUGGAUUACUGGAAAGAAGGAAGCAGGAAUGAUGUAGACGAAGUGUCUGAAAUGGAAGUUCCUUCAGCUAUCUUUGAAUAUUUCAGCCAGGCUUGCAAGCAACAAGUUGAUGAACUGGAGCAGAAGUUCAGCAUAAAGAUUACUAGCAAAGAAAGUGGAAAUGGAUUGACUUCUCUACGGUUUGCUUCAGUUGGAGCUCCUAGCCUCCUAGAGAAAGCUCAGCAAACGUUUGUCACGGCUUUUCAGAAAGUGACAGCAGAUUUGAAACAGGAGAGAAUUUCUUUCGCUGACAGCUGCCAGUGUGCUAGAGCACAGGAGAUUUUAAACACCCAGUAUAAGAGUAUCCUUGUUAAAAUGGAUGGAAAUACAUUGAUUCUCCGUGGCCCUGCAAGGGAGAUUUCAGCCGCUAAAGGGUUCUUUGGAGAUGUAGGGGCAAGAGACUUGGUUAAAAAACCUGAAGCUCACUCUCUGAAGAAUGGUGUUGAAAUUGAAAUUGAUACGUUUAGACUCCUGGAACCAGAAUUAGCUAAAGAAAUUGAAACUAUAAACAAGAAGUACAAUACUGAAAUGCAGAAAAAGAACCAUCUCAGCAGUCGGAGUACAAGUGUCCUUUUUAAGCCCAUGACGCAUGAAAACUCAGAUCAAACUUCACAAGCGUAUGAAAGUUUCCUCCAGGUUUAUCAGAAGAUUUUCGAACAGCUCACAGAAAAAGUAAUCCCCUUGAAACUGUCAGCAGAUCAGAGAAAAAUAUUGGAUGAUUUUUGGAAACAGUUGCAAAGAGAAAAUCCCAGAGUAUUGCUGCAAAAAACAAAAGAUAAGCUAUUUUUAAGGGGUCUUCCAGACAAAGUAUGUUCUACUGAAAAGGACAUCAUGAAGUUCCUGAACAUUGAUGUUGGUCCAUCUUCAGGAAGUAUAGGUCCACGCACUCCGAGUUCCAGCGUUGGAGAAACUAAAGGAGCGUACUUGAAGCAAAAUGAAGACCACAAAAUGCACACUCCACCUCCAAAGGAGAAGGUGGAUUCCAAGGAAAUGGGAGUCAAGCAAGAGGAACUUUGCUCCGUUUGCAUGGAUAAAAUCCACCAAAAGAAAGUACUUCCCAAAUGCAAGCAUGAGUUUUGUUUCGAGUGCAUUGAAACGGCAAUGAAAUACAAGCCAGUCUGCCCAGUGUGUAAUAUGUCCUAUGGGAAGGUAGAAGGAAAUCAACCACCAGCAAAAAUGGACAUCCAGAAAUCACGAUUAUCACUUCCUGGUUAUAAAGGGUAUGGUACUAUCGAAAUCAGGUAUCACAUACCUGAAGGUACCCAAACUGCAGACCAUCCAAACCCAGGAAGAAGAUUUCAGGGAACGUGUCGGACAGCAUAUUUACCUGAUAAUCCAGAAGGAAGAGAAAUUUUGAAGCUGCUUCAACAGGCCUUUGCUCAAAAAUUGAUUUUCACGGUGGGCCAGUCACGUACAACAGGCGUAACUGAUGUCGUUACUUGGAAUGACAUUCACCACAAAACUAGCAAAUUCGGAGGGCCAGACAGUUUUGGCUAUCCUGAUCCAAAUUACCUGAAACGUGUUCGAGAAGAACUGAAGGCAAAAGGAAUUGAAUGAGUAUUUUUUCAAUCAACUGUCCACAAUCUGUAGCAGUCCAAAGAUUCUUCAGUUUAAUUUUUUUUGCUUUUCCGAAGGAAACUUGAUUUCUGUUUAUCUAGUGCAAAAUCUUUAAUUCCAGAACUUGUUGAUUAACAUGCUAUAUUCUGUUAAAAGGCUAUUAAGUAAAGCUGUAGUGCAGGAGGUGGGGAGCCUAUGGCCCUCCAGAGGUACAGCUCCCAUCAGCCCUGGCCAUUGGUCUUGCUGGUUGGGGCUGAUGGGAGUUGGAGUCCAGCACCAUCUAGAGGGCCACAGGUUUCCCAUCCCUGCUGAAGUCCUAAGUGCAUUUCGUAGAACCCAGACUUAAUUACAGGUGACCUUAAUUUUCAAAGUUCUGCUGAAAUUGGUGGGUCUUGGCUUCAAGUAGAAGCACAUGUGAACACCUUUCUCUGUGUGAUUACUACUUGCACAAGGCGGCUUUCUACACUCUGCCUUCGUUCUCUGCAUUGUGAAGAUUCAAAACUAAACAAAAGCAAACUGUUACAAAAUGUUCUUGUGUAAAUAAAUAUUUCAUGCACCAA